CAUGUCACAUCGUAGGUCAGUUGGUUCAGAGAUACACAUACAUUUGUACAUACCUACACACAAACAUGUACAACAUACACACAAUACACAAACAUGUAUGUACAACAUACACAAACAUGCAACCUAACAAAACGGCGAACGAACAAGCACUGCUGAAAAAAUAGACAGGUACCUUUUUAGGCAUGAGAAUUUAAUUAGAUACGCCUGCUAAGGCAGUCUACACAUUGAAUAAAAUUACGAUGGCGAUGAUGGUGAGGACGAAGAUGAUGAUAAUUUGAUGUUUAAUAGGCAUUAAUUAACAUUCGCAAAGGUUGACAUUCGAUUUUGUUUGAAUUUUGUGCAUUUCUUCAUAUAGACACACAAUAUAUCGAUGCCCAUGACUAUGAGUAUAUGUGUGUCAUAUAUGUCCAACCAUCUUUCCAUUUUGUCUUUUCAUUCAUUCAUCCACUCGUUCUCCAUUCAUUCAUUUUUUAUAUGUGGUCGUUUGAAGAGCGUGCAGUUUAUAGUUUAAAAAGUUUUUACCUUAAUGCUUUCACAUUAGCUGCCAACAUGAUAUUCUAACUUUUUAAAACUAAUAAUUAAAUAGUUCCAUUGAAAAUUGUCGAUAAAAGUAGUAUUAUUUCGUAGUAAAAAUGUUAUUGUCGUCAUUUUUGAGUUGGCUCGUUGUAAGAUUAAUAUAAAUUUAAUUCAAUUGCAAUUUGACUAUCUUACCGAUUUCUAUUCAUCAUAAUUUUAACUUGUUCUUUAUUAAUCUUAGACCUAAGUUAAAGGUUUUUUUUUACAACAGUUUACUAUUUUUCUAAAACAAAUUUGAUAUAAAAUUCGUAUUUAUAAAAAGAGCACCCUGAUAAAUGAGUUCACCACCGAAAGAGAGAACGAGCAGUACGAGUGAGGGUGGGGUAACGUGGGACCCCGUCCUACUGGACAAAUCUGAUGAGGCCAUUGCGCAGAGAAGAGCUUCAAGGCGAAGGUCAUCUAUAUACGGAACUUUUAACAGGGUUGUCGUCGUUGCUGUCGACACUAGCGACCACGCCAGGAAGGCUUUCGAAUGGUUUGUGAUGAACGUUUGGAAGAGCGACGAUUUCGUAGUCCUCAUUCAUUGUCCCGAAGCUCCGAAACUGCCUACAUUUUCAUUCAAAAGCGGCAUAGCUCCACCCAUUGAUGAAUGGUGGAAAAUUUUGGGAGAGAUGAACCAGAACACGAAAAAGUUGGAGGAGGACUAUCAGACUGUUUGCACACUCCGAAAGAUGAAACACAAAGUGCGAGCAGAAGCAAUGAAAAAUGUGGGAGAAGGCAUUUUGAAAAUUGCUUCUGAGGAGAAUGCCGACCUGGUUGUUUGUGGCUGCAAGGGGGCUGGCGAAUCAAGCAGCAAAUCAGUGAAAAGAGGCAUGGUGGCCGAAUAUAUCUCAAGAUAUUCAUCCAUCCCCGUCCUUCUGGUGCCUUCCAGAGUUGGCGAAUAAAUGUUUCAACUUUUACAAGGAUGAGAAGUCCACAGUUUCUGAAAUGAAAAACAACAUUUUGAAAUCAAAUUUUUUGUUUGACACAUUGUAAUUUUUAAAGAUUUAUGCCGAUUAUUUUGGUUUCGUAGUUUUAGUGAACGAAUUAUUUAUUGUAACACAUAUCCGAUGAUGAUUUAAUCUCUCUUGAGAACAUCGUAAAUGUUAAAUUGAUAUAUAAUGAGUGAAAAAUUUUCAAAAAACAAAAAGAUCAAUAGACACGAAUUUAUUAACCUG